CCCGGACUGACAAUACGGGUUUGAAAAUGCGAAUGGCCAAGAGUGCUCACGUGAACAAGAGAAUCUUCGUCACUGUUCUGGUCGUCCUCAUUCUUGUCAACUCUUACCAUCUAUGGCUUGGAAAGCGGUAUUUCAGCCAUAUUGCCCGGGCGGCACUCCACGAUCGCCAGGCGCAGUUCCGUGAUAAUUUUUAUUACUUGCUUGAUAAAUAUGCGCCCCGAUGCUCGCCCCUGGAAUUGGUUGGUUCGGCAGGGUGGCCGAGAUACGACGCGGUGUUUGAAACCGUUCGGAAGAAUCAUAUCAAUAACGCCGACGAAAUCCUACGGCCUAUGCAGAUAGCGCACGAUGGUUUUGUUCAGUCGAUCCAGAAGCUUGAUGUCCCUUAUCUCAUUCUCACAGAGGGCAUCGUGUCUUCGGCAGGGGGUAAAUAUAUGCCGACCUUUGUAGUAACCCUGCGUUUGCUGCGACGAACCAGGUGUACAUUGCCGGUAGAGCUGUUCGUCAAAGAUUCAACUGAAUAUGAGCCGCAAAUCUGCGAGAGGAUUCUCCCAGAACUCAAUGCACGAUGUGUAGUGCUCUCAGAGGUGAUGGGUCUGGAAGAACCAAAGAACAGUAACAAAGCAAAUAGGGCCGAUGGGGUAAAGAUCGAGCACUACCAACUCAAAUCCUUCGCGGUCCUCUUCUCAUCAUUUGAAAAAGUCAUCUGGCUAGACGCAGACUGCAUCCCCAUCCACAACCCCGCAAUUCUCUUGACCACUGACCCUUUCCAAUCCACCGGCCUCGUCACUUGGCCCGAUUACUGGGCUAGCACCAUCUCCCCAUUAUACUUCACCAUCUCCCGCCAACCCGAGUUUCCCAGCACAGACCGUGCAACAACCGAAGCUGGCGUGUUCCUAGUCUCCAAGAAAGCCCAUUCCCGAACCCUCCUCCUAGCAGCCUACUACAACUACUAUGGUCCAUCACAUUACUACCACCUCCUUGACCAGGGCGCCCCGGGAGAAGGCGACAAGGAUACAUUCAUCCAGGCUGCUGCCGCUGUGGGCGAGAAAUUCUACACGGUCAGCGAGAAGGUCGCAGACUUGGGCCAUCAGCGGUAUGAAGGGAAUGACCACGACAUCAUCCACGUGGCGAUGCUGCAGGCCGAUCCGAUGGAGGACUACAAGCUCACUCAGCAGGGGAAAUGGCGGGUUGAGGAUACAUCUGAGGCCCCUGCCCCGCGGGCAUUUUUCAUCCAUGCGAACAUGGUCAAGUUCAACCCCGGAGAGAAAUUGUUGGAGGAGAGUUCGAACAAAAAUGAUGAUGGAAGAAGGAGAAUGUGGGCUGCUCCGGAGACGUCUGUUCGGCGGCUUGAAUAUGAUGUUGAACGGGCGGCUUGGGAGGAGGUUAUGGCGGUGAGCUGUACCUUGAGGAGUGCGUUUGAAACAUGGGAAGCUGGGGAUGGGUUGUGCGAAGAUGUCAAGAUGCAUUGGGCGGCUGUGUUUGAAAAUCGGGAUACUGAUGGACUUCAUUUUACGCAACAAUAAUUGCUGACGCUUUGUAUAUAUAUUUGGACAUAAUGAUUCUGGUAUCUUCCCAGACGGCACUCCCGAGUACCCAAAACACGGCGAGCAAAGAGCAAGAUUUUUUUCUAGGGUUUUGUCAAGCCUCAGGAUUCAGAUCAAGAAAUUUCUGCUCAAAGAUUCUCGCACCCGGUUCGAAAGAGCAUGCGAGCUUAACAGAAUCAGAUGAGAUAAAAAGAACCGCGACUAC